UGCGGCUUCCUGUGAGCUUGGGUAGGAUUGUGUUUGCGGCACCUUGAAAUUCGCUGCCAUGGAGGAAGAGGAGGAAGACUACAUGUCUGAUGCUUUUAUUAACUCGCUACAGGAUGUCAGGCCAGGCAUGUCUAUGCCAAGGAGGGUGAAAGAAUGUUAUGAGAAAGAGGAAAAACAUAAGGAAGCAAACAUAAAAAACAGACAACAAAAACUAAAAGAUGUGGAAAAAGAAAAAAGAGAUACCAAGCUUAAUGAGGCUCUGGGAAAUGAAAACAAGGGCUUUGCUUUACUGCAAAAGAUGGGCUACAAAAAGGGACAAGCACUUGGAAAAAAAGGUGAUGGCAUUGUUGAACCAAUCCCUCUGAACAUUAAAACAGGCCGCAGUGGCAUUGGCCAUGAAGAAAUGAAAAAAAGGAAAGCAGAGGAGAACCUUGAAAGUUAUAGGAGGAAGAUUCAGAUGAGGAAACAUGAUGAAGAGCAGGCAGCUGAUGACUUCAGAAUGAGAAUGAAGAGUAAAAGAGAAGAAAUCAGACUGAAAGCUGAUCUUAGCAAGAGCCAGAGAGCAUGCAUGUUGUUAGAUGGACAGAAGAGCAUAAGCACACCCCGAGAAGCUUGGUAUUGGCCAAAAAUGAAUGAGCAGGAAGCAGAUGAGGAAGCAGAUGAGGAAACAGAAGAGGACGAGGAUUUGGUAGAAGAAGAGCUAAGUACAUUAGAAAAACUCCAAAUCUUGACAAGCUAUUUGAGAGGAAGACAUCUAUUUUGCAUCUGGUGUGGGACAACCUAUCAAGAUGAUGAAGACAUGGAAUCGAACUGCCCAGGGGAUACUGCAGAAGAUCACAACUGAUCAUGAGUCAACAAUAAUAGAGAUAUUUGGCAAGUGUAUAAUCCCGGGACUGUUGAGAGCGAAGAUCUUAACUGCCAUAAACAUUGCUCACAUAUGAAAUAUCUAAAGGUGGUGUCCCUUAGGCUUCUGUUGUUAAAGGAAAUUGUUGUUUUACGGAAAAUACUGAGCACAGAUGCUAGAUUAUUUAUUAAAAAGUAAAAGUUAAAAUAUAGCAAGGCGUGAAUAAUGAAACUGCUGUGAAACGAAUGUUGUGCCAGUGAUCUUUUCCUUGUUCCUUAGCAGUGGUGGCGCAGUGAUGUUUACAUGUAUUAUAUUCAGGGCCGCUCCUAUGAGGCAAGGUGAGAACGCUGUCUCAGACAGCAGGGUGCAGCCACUUAUUGGUAGUGGCAAAAAGCAGCUUCUGGUACUUUAAAAGGGUUGUUUACCUUUAAAUGAACUUUUGGUAUUACAUAAAUAUUGAUAUUCUGAGAAUUUUAUCAGUUGUGGCUUUUCCAUUAUUUAGCUCUUUGUUCAGCAGCUCUCCAGUUUGGAAUUUUAAGCAGCUAUCUGGUUGCUAGGGUGUUGUUUACCUUAGCUACCAGGUAAUUGUUUGAAUGAGAGACUGGAAGAACAAUAGUAGAGAGGGCUAAAUAGAUAAGGAAUAAAAAGUAACAAUAAUAAUUAAAAAGUUGUAAAUUCACAGAGGAAUAGGUUUUUGGCUUCUGGGGUCAGUGGCCCCCAUUUGAAAACUGGAAAGCUGUAGAAGAGAAAUGCAAAUUAUUCAAAAACUAUAGAAUUAAAAAAUGAAGACUAAUUGUAAAGUUGCUAAGAAAAGGACAUUCGAUAACACACAAAAUGUUAACUUCAAGGUGAACCACCUCUUUAAGAGCAGCCCCCUCUUUACUGCUUCCAUGCCAAAGCUUGUAAGUGGCAGCAACACCGGAAGCAGCCAUGAUUAUAUUUAAAUGUAUGUCUAUGUAUUUUACUUAAAGUCCAAACUAACAAGGCAUUUAGAACUUUUUGGUUGAUUGGUUCUUUGCUACAACAAAAUAUUUGUUUGUCUGCUACUGUAAAAAUUCUAUGUAAAGUAUUUUUGUGUUUAUUAAUGUUGAUUUUAUAUUCUACAAGAGUACUACAUUUGUUUCCUUAACAUUAAAAAUGCUUACAUAUA